CUGACAAAUACAUUUUAUAUUUAUUUUAAACUUUAAAUUUAUUUUUGUGUAUCUAAUAUCUUUUACUGAAAGGAUUAUUUGGUGCUCUGAAUCUAAUUAAUUAUUCUUAUUAAGUUGCGUCAUGUCGUACAACCGCAAUAAAUAUGAAAAAGCUCGAAGGCGUCUUGCAGCUGUGACAUUCCUCUCCAAUAUCUCACUAGACGGGUCUUUUAAGGAUACAGAAUUAUGUAAAAUUGUCGAUAAGUCUUCAAAAGGCGACAAAUGUGAUUCGAAAGAUACUCAAAAUUAUAAUCAUAAGGAUUCGUACCGUUACAGUACUUCUUACAAAUUAAAACCGCAUACCAGCCCAGUACAACGAUUUAGUGGUGAUAAUAAUUCAAUAAGUUCAGACUCGGAACAAACGACUGUCACCCCUAUUAAAGGUGGCAUUAAUAGUUCUUACAGAGAAAGGUGCUCCUCUGGAAAUACUGAAAUAUUUAGAGACAGACACUGCUCACUAAGAGCAAGGAAGAUUGUAGCAAUCACGCAAGAUGAUAAAAGCAGUUCUGAAAGUUUGAAUUUUGGGCGUUUUCGCACAAGCAAUACAUGCAUUCCAGAAAAGUCCUAUGACAAAGAAAUAAGGAUGAUGAAAUCAACUAAAGGUGUAUCUUUUAAGGAUGAGAGGCUUGCUUUUGCACCAGCACAAGGUGUACCCUGUGUUUUAUUUAGUACUAUUCCUUAUUCAAAAACUAUAAAAGGUGCCAGGGCUGAUUUACGAAAGGAAGGUGGUCGGCGUCGUAACACAUCUGGACCCAGGCCUUUAUCUGCAAUCACUGAUAAUGGUAUUGACCCGUUUGAUCUCAUGGGACUAGAGAAAGAAGAAAAUGGUCAAGAAAUAUCUUACUCGAAACUCUUAAUACCAUCUAGAGUUUGUACCAGGGAACAGUACAAGAAGAUGUAUGGUGGAGACUAUACUGAUAAGUCUUCAUGGAAAAUCAUGAACCGACAACCACAUGUUAUCGCAAGGACUAAGUUAUUGACGAGACGCAAGGAUAAAAAAUGGUGUUUCUCUUACGAGUCAUCUCAACGGGCCACAGUAGCAUCUUCUCCACCACAUUCUUCGGUGGAGAAUAAAUCCUUUGAUUGGGAUGAAGGAACAAUACUUUCUCAAAAAUAUGUUCAAUAUACGCCGAAUGUUCUUGAUGAUCCUGAACUUAUAGCUGGCAAACACAGAACUUUACUUACAUUUACUUCAUACAUGACUUCUAUUAUUGACUAUGUCCGACCUCAAGACCUAAAAAAAGAGCUCAAUGAUAAGUUCAGGGAGAAGUUUCCACACAUAAAAUUAACACUCAGCAAACUAAGAAGCAUAAAAAAAGAGAUGCGCAAAAUAGCAAAACAUGACAAUGGUGGUAUAGAUUUGCUAUCUGUUGCUCAGGCUUACGUUUAUUUCGAAAAGUUAAUACUGGCCAAUCUUAUUAACAAAGAUAACAGAAAGCUAUGCGCCGGAGCUUGUUUACUUCUAUCAGCGAAACUCAACGAUGUUAAAGGUGAAAUGAUGAAGGCUCUUAUUGAGCGCAUAGAAACAACGUUCAGAGUGAACAAAAAGGACCUCAUCAAGUUCGAGUUCGCCGUGCUUGUGGCAUUGGAGUUCGGACUGCACGUGCCUCCGUACGAGGUGUUCCCCCACUAUCAGCGGCUGCUCCACGACUCGUGACCCUGGCGACGCCUGGCCCUCGAGCCGUGCGUACGAGUCUGCCACCGGAGGAGAACUAGUAUUGUGGACAAUUUGCGUGCAAGUGCCUGGAUGUGAUCAUUAACUCCUUAGAUUGUAGAAGGUAACUAGAUUCCUGUUCCUGUGUCGAACUUGAUAGUUCGGUUGACAUAUGUCCGUAUUCUAUAUUGCAUCUAUCCGUAAUCUGUUGAUAAGUUGCGUCGCGAAGUUGUUAAUUUGUUAAAAAAAUUACAGAUAUUUUUGGAAUCAAUCCGUAGAUUACGGAUAGAUCGAUUAUAGGAAAUGUACACUUCCGUUGAAGUUAAAUUUAAAUUCAGUGCAACUAUAUUAGCAGCAUGCACAAGGUUUUAGACGAGGGUAGGCACUAAGCAAGUAAUAUGAAAAGUUUAUAGUAGUAAUACCUAGAGCUUUUUGGGACAGGGCUCAUCCAAGGAAGUACUCCCGCCAUGCCAUGCAAGCAGCAUUAUUACAUGCUGUUUUCCGUUCUAAAGGCUGAACUCAUGUGCAUUUUCGCUAGGGAUAGCCUUACUAAUUUUGAACGCAUUCGGGGCUCUUUCAAUAGCUUACUGGUGUGACGCGGCUUUACACACACUGCAAUAAAUUAAGCUUCACUAACUACGGUUUAAGCUCUAAAAGGAGUUAUGGGCAUUUUAGUUUUAAUUAAUAUCGUUUGUUUUAAUUUUAUAUUUUUUUAUGUAUUCCUUAAGUGUUAAUAUUGUGUGUUAGAGUUGUGUGCCUAGAAUCGAAUUUGGUCCCUCGAAACGGAGAACGAAGUGUUAACUUCAGUUAUGGGGUAUAAAAUAGCAAAUAUGCAAUAUAUCUGUUAAUGGUAACUUAUUGUAAAGAUAGAGAUUCUUCUGUGCAUAUUUAUAUAAGUCAAGAUUAUAUAAAAAUGCCAUUAUAUGCCAUACUAUUUCUUUGUUUUAAAUUAGUCGUUGCUCGUUCAGAUAUUUUAUAAGUUAGUUAGUUAGUAGUCUGGAACUGGUGAACAACAGUCGAAGCUGUUAUUAAGUGGUACCAACAGCUACCGCGUUUGCCAGUUCCUCUAAACGUUCACACUCUUGUGAUUGACAGUAUUUACGUAAUCCGGCUAGUUUAGUGUUUUUGGACAAUCGACGGACCUAUUUUUAAGGUACUAUGCAUAUUGCUUCGUAAAUAUUGCAUAGUAACUGGCUCACUGUUAACAAGUUUGUGGUUAUGCCCGGAACACAGAACACGUUUUCCAUUGAUAUAUCUAACUCUCCAUCUGUCGUACAUGUUGCAAUGUGCACAUUGCCGGAAAACUGGAAUAGUAUUCUUAUUUGCCACAAUAAUUUCAUUUAAAUAAAUAGCUAAAAUAAAAUAUUUCUCGUUAGAAGUAAUUUUUCUAACACAAACAACCAUUUAGUCAAAGUCAUUUAUUUCUACACCCAUACUCUCUCCGUCUAGUAAAUCAUAAACACCUACAUUCCGUAAACUAUAAAACCAUCGGUUCGAGUAGAACUAACAUAAUAUGGGAAAGUGUGAUGAUAGUAUAUGUUUGACGGCCGAUUGUUUUCUAGUGUCUGGGUGUUUAUUUGUAUAUAAUAAGUGUUUAUGUAUAUUAUUCAUAAGAAUAUGGAUCUGUCGUCUUAGUACCUAUAACACAAGCUACGCUUACUAUUGGGGCUAGAUGGCGUUGUGUGUAUUGUCGUGGUAUAUUUUAUUUAUUUAUUUUUAAGAGAAGAAAGCGACAGAAGCGUCCUAUGGCUGGAUUAUAUAUACAGUACGCUAACCUACGGGCCACGCCACGUAUAAAAUAUAUUAUGUGAUUUUUACAAUACCUUAACUUCACGUUGGGCACAGGUAAAGUGUUUCAGCCAUAAAAAAUUAAAAAAUUUGACUCGACAUGGGUGGCGUGUUAUAGUGCUUCAUCAUUGCCUGUCCUUUUCUUGUGUCUGUUUUAUUUUUUGUACAGAACAGACAUUAGAACAGACUUAUGUAGGUAGUAGGUACUACAAAAUUUUGUAAUGUUAAAAGAUAGUUUCGUACAGGAAAGUAUUAUAAAUAGGGAUUAAGAUUUAAAAUGCCAGAUCGAUGAAGAUGUUCUUUAGUUCUUAGGGUAUUAUAUGUAUUCAAGCUACAAAUAGUGAAUACUGAAUAUACAAAAUAGUGGAAUUUAGCAAUAAUUUCGUAUACGCUAUAUUUAUAAAACUCAAUUAAAUUCCUAAUCUUAAUAUUGUAGAUAUUUUCGAUCUCGAGAGCACGAACAUUAAAGCUGAUUGCACAUCUAACUGCGUGCCGAUCCCUUUCAGUAUUCAUAAUUCAAAUCCGGUGCGUAAGGGAGUGUUCAUAAAAUACGUGAGAUGAUAGGAUAUCCCAUCAAAUAUCUCGGCAAAUAUCAUGCAAUUUUUCUGUUACAUUUCUAUAACAGUUAUAAUGAAACUCUCAGUAUUAUUGAUAACUAGUCGUAAAUGAAAAUACGAAGCAAUUUUUUUACAAUAACAAUCCAACGCGUUUACGUUAGAAAUAUGGACGCCCCCUUACGCACCGGAUUUGAAUUAUGAAUACUGAAAUACUCUAGUGAUAAAUGUGUCAUCAACUUAAUUAUUUAUUUUUAUAGAAUAGAUAGCAAUUGAAUUGCUCAUUAACAUGCCAAAGAUAAAAUAUUUAAAGCU